GUCUUCGUCCAACCCUUCUCAAGGAGCCGACUGCAUGUUUUUUUUUUCAUGACAGCGCUCCACCAUCAGUGUGCCGCUGCACUUGAAGAAAGGGGGAAGCCGGUCUGAAGCUUCUCGUCAGGCCGCCACAGUCAUCGUCACUCCUCCCCCACAUGGAGCUGUAAUAGUGCGAGCACACACACUUUUUCAGGGGGAUUUAUUUUAAUUGAACUUUUUCAAUUUACCCACCAAAGUUCGUGCACCAGCCGCGCGGGCGAUCACCAUGGAGACGCAAAGGCGGCCCGCCAGAUGGAGGACGAAAAGGUGGCUGCGGUGGUCCACGCUCGCCGCCGUGGUGGUCGUUACAAUGCUACAAACUGCCGCUGUCAGAGCAGCCGAGCCAGUGGACGUGCUGAAGGCUUUGGACUUCAAGAGCUCACCGCAAGGCGUCAAGAAAACACCCGGCUUCUGCACAAUGCGCCGAGGCUCCAAACCCGAUAUUGCUUAUCGAGUGAGCAAGAACGCUCAGAUCAGCAGUCCGACCAAACAACUCUUCCCAGGCGGAGUUUUCCCAGAAGACUUCUCCAUCAUGUUCACUGUCAAGCCCAAAUCAGGCCUACAGUCCUUCUUGCUGUCGAUGUACAACCAGCAGGGCAUCCAGCAGCUGGGCGUGGAGGUGGGCCGCUCGCCCAUCUUCCUCUACGAAGACCAGCACGGAAAACCGGCCCCUGAGGAAUACCCCCUGUUCCGCUCUAUCAACCUGGCUGACGGCAAGUGGCAUCGUGUGGCCAUCAGUGUGGAGAAGAAGAGCGUCACCAUGAUUGUGGACUGUAAGAGAAAGGUGAAGAAGACUCUAGCCAGAGGAGAGGGGGCAGCCAUUAACACGGAAGGCAUCACAGUCUUCGGCACCAGGAUCCUGGACGAGCAAGUCUUCGAGGGUGACAUCCAGCAGCUGCUGAUCGUGGCAGACCCCCGGGCCGCCUAUGACUACUGUGAACAUUACAGCCGCGACUGUGAAACCCCCAACCACAGGGACACCCCCCAAGCCCAGGAACCUGAGGAAGAGUACACUAACUAUGAUUAUGGUGAGUUAUAUGACUACACCGAAGAAGCGCUCACCACUGAACCUGCCCCAACUGAAGGAGCGAAGACUGAGACCGUUGUAGAUGGCGACUACUUCACCGAUUACGACUACAGCAUCGUGGAUGGAAGUCAGCCUGAAACUCCCACGGCGGGCCAGACAUAUGAAGAGGAAAAUGUGGACGACUACAUCACCGGUGUGGAACAGGUCGGGGCGGACCCCACUCCCGCGGCGGCAACCGUCGCCCCGGUGGACACCAACGACAACGUGGACGCCGGCACCAACAACUAUGAAUUCAGGGAGUACGACUUGGCUGAAGGCGAGGAGACCCAGGAGACGCCCUACGACUACGGCGACUACGGCGACUACGGCGCUCCAACCGACACCAAGAAAUCCAUGGGCGAGGAGGAGUUUGGCCCCGGCGUUGCGGCCGAAACUGACUUCAGGGAGAGCGGCGUGGGAGGAAGUCAAAGUUACCUGGGAGAGAAAGGAGAGAAGGGAGAGCCUGCCGUUAUUGAACCUGGUAUGCUUAUAGAAGGACCCCAAGGAUCCCCCGGCCAGGCAGGUGUCCCGGGUACCCCAGGACUGCAGGGUCCCCCAGGACCUCCUGGAGAUCCUGGUGCGAGGGGUCUUCCAGGACGACCUGGAAUUCCAGGUUCGGACGGAGUCCCAGGGCCUGCAGGUACCAUUCUGAUGCUUCCAUUCCGAGCAGGCGGCGAAGCACACAAGGGACCCGUGGUGUCAGCACAAGAGGCUCAGGCUCAGGCCAUCCUUUCCCAGGCCAGGCUGGCCAUGAGAGGUCCUCCAGGGCCAGCGGGCUUGGCGGGAAGGUCCGGUCCUGUGGGCAGUCCUGGAGCUCCCGGUCUUAAAGGGGACAGUGGAGAUAACGGACCACAGGGCCCCAGAGGUCUUCAGGGUCCUACUGGUCCCCCAGGAAAGCCAGGAAAGCGAGGUCGUAACGGAGCUGACGGUUCACGAGGAAUGCCAGGAGAGCCCGGGACCAAGGGUGACCGAGGUUUCGACGGCCUUCCCGGUCUCCCCGGCGAGAAGGGCCAUCGGGGGGAGCAUGGUCCGACAGGGCCUCCAGGACCUCCAGGAGAAGACGGGCCAAGAGGGGAAGACGGCCAGGUUGGACAGAGAGGUGUGGCUGGAGAGGCCGGUCCUCGAGGUUUGCUGGGCCCCAGAGGUUCGGCGGGGCCUGCAGGGCAACGUGGCCUUCCUGGACUUGACGGUCAAGCGGGUCCCAAAGGAAACAUGGGUGUACAAGGAGAGCCCGGUCCUCCCGGACAGCAGGGUGUGCCUGGUCCUCACGGUCUCAUUGGGCCUCAAGGUCCGAUCGGGCCUCCCGGUGAAAAAGGACCUCAAGGAAAACAGGGUUUGGCCGGUCUUGCUGGUGCUGAUGGACCUCCUGGUCACCCUGGUAAAGAGGGUCCUCCAGGCGAGAAAGGAGCAGCUGGUUUCCCCGGACCAAUGGGAUCCAUCGGCUACCCCGGACCUCGUGGCGUUAAGGGAGCAGAGGGAAUCCGAGGCCUGAAAGGUGGCAAAGGAGAAAAGGGAGAAGAUGGGUUCCCUGGCUUCAAAGGCGAUAUGGGGCUCAAGGGCGACAAGGGUGAGGGGGGUGUAACAGGACCCCGCGGAGAAGACGGACCCGAGGGCCCCAAGGGCACAUCGGGACCCAACGGAGAUUCCGGUCCCAUCGGUCCAGCUGGAGAGAAGGGAAAGCUUGGAGUGCCCGGUUUGCCCGGAUACCCUGGAAGACAAGGUUCUAAAGGCUCCAAUGGCUUCCCCGGUUUCGCCGGAUCCAAUGGCGAGAAAGGCGCAAGGGGAGUUGCUGGCAAAUCCGGACCUCGAGGCCAACGCGGCCCGACGGGUCCACGCGGUGGGCGUGGUGCCAGAGGGCCUACAGGAAAACCAGGAGCAAAGGGCACCUCCGGCAAUGAUGGACCUUCAGGACCACCCGGAGAGAGGGGUCCUCAAGGACCACAAGGACCUGUCGGCUUCCCCGGACCAAAGGGACCCAAUGGCCCCCCAGGAAAAGACGGGCUGCCAGGUCACCCAGGACAGAGAGGAGAGACGGGCUUCCAAGGAAAGACCGGACCACCAGGACCUGGAGGCGUGGUUGGACCUCAAGUAGGUUCUUGUUGUGCGGCGCUUACGUUAAGAAAUGCACAAGUAGCAGAUGCAUUCCAUUAG